AUGAUGUUCAAUGGGUACCAAGAAAAGCUUCAAAAGAAUUUAAUGUAUUUAGCUACACUUGCUGAUUGGCAACAUUCACAGACACAAGCCAUGCCUCCCCAGCAGAUGGUCCUACCCUCUAGGAUGCAACCAGAAUACUAUAUGCAACACCCUCAAGUUGUAGCAAUGCCUCAACAAGAAGGAACUUGCCCCCCAAAUAUGCCACUGCAAUUUGCUAAUCCACAGCAACAGCUACAACAGCAUCCCAUUGAAGGGCAAGUAGCAGUGAAAGGUGAAUGGAUAGGUAAUGACAUGUAUCCAAUGUAUUGUGAGACUGGUUUUGGAGGUGGCAACAGUGGUGGCUCAACCUCAACUGCAAGUCCUACUGAUGCAUGUGGGGUAAGCAUACAAGGACCUUCUGAUGGUGGAGAUGGCAAGGGCAACAACAACUCAAGUGAUGUGCAUAACCAUGACAACAUUGGUUCAUCUCACUACUACUGCAACUGA